GGUGGGGGGGGAAAAUAGGAAAUGAGGAAACUGGUGAAGUCACUUUUGCUACCUUAUAAAGGAAAUUACAGCAACCAGCAUCUUGCCAUGUCACCAUUAUUCCUUCAGCUUCAGCACCAACUUGGUGAAUGAGCCUCGCCAGCUUAGCGACCAACACAUUAUGUCAAAAGAGAAAAAUCACAACACCAGGUAAAACUGUGGCAGAAUGUUUCUUACGGCAUUUCUGCUUCGGAAAGGAAUUCCAGGCAAACAGUGGAUAGGAAAGUACAGACGCCCUAGGCAAAUUACCUGGCAAAUGAAGCGUAAUUUAAUUAAAAGACUGGAAAUCGAAAGGGAGACAGAGUACUGGCUGAGCCAGCCCUGGAUGACUGUGGAGCAGGAACGAGGUCAUGCAGCACAACGCAGAGCUGAACGCUGGGAGGCUUUCAAGAAUGCCAAAUCUGCAAACUUCCCUAAAUUCAAAUAUAUUGAAGAACAUUUAAAUCACCUAAACGUAACCAAAAAGUGGGGCAUGUGAAAAAUUUGGCAGAAGAAUCCUUUUUAAUUACAUUGCCAGAUAUACUGAAGAGAUUUAAAAAGUGCCUCCUGCAAAUUAUUGUGAACUCCAACUAGUAAUAAAGUUGCACGUUAUGUAUAAUGAUUUAAUUUUGGAAAUUACCUGUUGUGUUCAGAGCAUUUGGGUAAUUUUAAGACCUGAUAAUUGAUGAUGGAGAUUUACAUUUCUAUUUUACUUAUCUUCUAUGUAUGUCUAUUCAUGACCACUUUAUUUAAAAAUGUCAGGAAACUUUUAUUAAAGAAUAAGAUUAAUUCUAAAA